GAUAGGACGAAAACGCGCACCUGCUUUAGAGGCAUUACGGUAGCACAGCAAACUGUCCUCCCGCAACACACACUCCGCACUCGUACACACACUCGUACACACAUACAGCUCCAGUGAUUCAACCCUGAUUUCCAGCGAACGAGCAAGCAACAGACGGGAUGGCAAAAAAGUGAAGACCGUUGGAGAGGUUAUACGCGCUGAGUGAGCCUGCUGAGGAGAGAGCUGGGGCUUGGGGGGAGAGGAGAAAAAAGCGGAGGCAACUAAACAACAAACAGAAACGAGAAGCUGCGUUGUUUCUCCGCGGCAACUUGCGCUCAGUGCCAGAGUUUUAGCGGCAGUAUUGUUCUGACUUCACUCCAGAGGGGCCACUCCGAGGAGAGAGGACGCACACAAAAGGGGAAAGGAAAGGACUAACGAGCACGUUUUUCUUUUUUUUUUUUUUGGUCGUUUAAAGUAAUGGUCCUGCCGUCUUAGAUCCUAGAUUUCUCUGUCUCUCUCUGCUCUCUGUUUCUUUCCACUUUUAUUUUUAUAUUUUUUUUUUUAAAUUUUACGUCCCUUCGGUUUGUGUCCCCCCUUUUGUCGCCGCGAGAGAGUGGACGCGCCGGGGUUUGAGGAGCAGAAGCGGGGCUGCCCACAUGGUCCAACCACUGGCGUGAAAGUUGACUUCUUCAGAAACCAAGAGAACAGGUGCCAGUGAUGAUGGUGGAAUCAGCCUCUGAGACCAUUCGUACGACGCCGUCCAACCAGAACGGAGUCAGCAGCCUCAGUAGCCAGUCGGAUGGAGGGGGCGGUAGAGAGGGUGGGUCCAACGGAGACACCAAUGGAGAGAUCAGCCCAGUUGACUUACUCCACCUGCAACAGCAACAGGCCCUCCAGGCAGCCAGACAAUUCCUCCUCCAGCAGGCCUCUGGACUCAACUCCCCUGGCAGCAACGAGGUCAAACAGAGCCCAGUGCAGGUCCCGGUGUCUAUGGCUAUGAUGAGUCCACAGAUGAUCACUCCACAGCAGAUGCAACAGAUCCUGUCCCCUCCUCAGCUUCAGGCCUUGCUGCAGCAACAGCAGGCUCUCAUGCUACAGCAGUUACAGGAGUAUUAUAAGAAGCAGCAGGAGCAGUUACAUCUCCAGCUUCUGACUCAGCAGCAGCAGCAGCAGCAGCAACAACAGCAGCAGCAGCAGCAGCAGCAGCAGGCCGGGAAGCAAGCAGCAAAAGAGCAGUUAGGCAGUAAGCAGCUGGCCUUCCAGCAGCAGCUGAUCCAGAUGCAGCAGCUUCAGCAGCAGCACAUCCUCAACCUCCAGAGACAGGGCCUGGUUCCACUGCAGCCCACCGCCGCCAUGCAGACUCUGCAGCAAGCGAUGUGUCCGUCAGACCUACAGCAACUGUGGAAGGAUGUGUCGGGGGUGCCGAGCAGCGAGGAGGCCCUGAAACAGGCCGAGGGCCUCGACUUGAGCACCAACAGCUCCAAUUCUACCUCAGCCUUCCCCAAAGCUGCCAGUGCUCACCUUCCACUGCACAGCCUGCCCAAUGGACAGAGCCACACCCCAAAGAGAGACAGAGCCAGACUGUUUGAGUGGAUAUCCUCCUUCACCAAGGCAGACAGCGGAGAUGACCAUAUCCCUCUUUACUCCAAAGGCAGCCAACCCCCCAGCAGCCAUCAUGAGGAGCACACUGGCUCCCAUCCCCUCUAUGGCCAUGGAGAGUGUAAGUGGCCUGGCUGUGAAGCACUGUGUGAGGACAUGGGACAGUUCAUCAAGCACUUGAACAACGAGCAUGCCCUAGAUGACCGCAGCACUGCUCAGUGCCGAGUCCAGAUGCAGGUGGUUCAGCAGCUGGAGAUACAGCUGGCGAAAGAGAGCGAGCGACUCCAGGCCAUGAUGACCCACCUGCAUAUGCGCCCCUCAGAGCCAAAGCCUUUUAACCAACCUCUGAACCUGGCUUCCAGCGGCUCUCUCUUAAAGCGGGAUAGCGAGGCCUACCCAGAGGGUCUUCCCCACCCCCCCACCUCGGCUGCCACCCCCAUCACCCCACUGCGCCAGGGGCCUUCAGUCAUCAGCUCCUCCAGCCUGCACACACACUCCCACUCGCACACGCACGCUGUUGGGCCCAUACGCAGGCGCAACUCCGACAAGUACUGCACCCCGAUCGCCUCAGAGCUCGCCCAGAACUGUGAGUUCUACAAGAAUGCUGAUGUCAGGCCUCCCUUUACCUACGCCUCUCUUAUACGUCAUGCCAUUUUGGAGUCCCCAGACAGACAGUUGACUCUCAACGAGAUUUACAAUUGGUUUACACGAAAGUUUGCCUAUUUCAGGAGAAACACAGCCACGUGGAAGAAUGCCGUGCGCCACAACCUGAGUCUGCACAAGUGUUUUGUUCGUGUUGAGAAUGUGAAGGGGGCCGUGUGGACUGUGGAUGAAGUUGAAUACCAAAAGAGGAGACCACCAAAGAUGACCGGAAGUCCCACUCUGGUGAAAAACAUGAUUUCAGGACUCGGCUUUGGAUCCCUAAAUGCCAGCUACCAGGCGGCUCUGGCAGAAAGCAGUCUGUCCCUGCUGAACAGCCCACCCCUGGUGACCCCUCAGUCUGCGCACAGCCUCAACAUGCUGCAUGUGGGCCACGAUGAUGUCAGCUCCACUGUGGAGCAGGUCAACAGCAAUGGCAGUUGCAGCCCCACGCUCAGCCCUCAACAGUACAGCCACCCAGUGCAUGUGAAGGAAGAGCCCACUGAAGUGGUGGAGGAGGACAGCCGGUCAGUAUCGCUCCUGGCUGGUGUCACACACAGCCUGCCAUUGCCAAGCGAUGAGCGUGACCUGGAGGAGGAUCUUCCCACAGAGGAGCUGGAGUAGGACAGAUCUCAGACAAGCCGGAGGGACGGGACUUUUUGAGACCAAUCCCCGAGCCCUUCUCGCCUGUGUGAAGAGGAAAAAAAUUACCAACAGUACACUUAUGAGAAAACAGAUAAGAGAGAAAAAUAAGAGAAUGUUCUUUUGUUUUUAAGAAAAUUCAAGCAACUAAGGACGACAUUGAGUAACUUCAAAAAAACAAAAAAAAACAACAACAGGGUUAGAUGACCUUCGUUACUUUCAGACACAAAAAUAAGACUGUGGAGCACUGCUUUACCUCCAUGUGUUGCUUUCUCAACACUUGGCUCAAAGGUAUGACACCACUUAAUGCAUACACACUCACACAAACACGCACACACACUCAUUCACUUGUCACACCAUGUCUUGUCAUUCUCCCUGGAAAAAUUGCCCUCUAUGUAGAGAACCUCUAGAGGAGUGGACAUAGACACAAACACGCGCGCGCACACACACUCUCUCCUCCUCGGCCUACCACCCUGCAUACACACUCCUCUCUGUUGUCUCGGGCUGCCUGGCUAGCUAUUUUAUCUCUACGUCAGUUGAGAGGACACCUAGAUGUGUGUGUUAGAAAGAACACACACGUACACACACACACACACACACGCAGAGGAUCAUGUGUAUAUAGAUGGGAGCGGUCAUCAGGGGCUGUGCAGUAUACCUCUCCUUCUUCGCCCUAGUCCAGUCACUUGCUUUUUCCAUUUCCUUUGAUCCGAUUAGACUAAAACUGUUGGGCUUCUCGAUGAGGAGGAAGGAAGAAUACUUACAAAGAUUACCUCCAACAGUACUCUAACACUUCUGCAGAGCAGGCACCCGCAUCCACAUCUGCGUGUGACCGGCCCUGGUCCCUGCCCAAACUUCUGCCAGCAGCAAGACACUUAGUGAGGGACUUCUUUAAAACUCUUUGAUUCUAUGUGGGGGGGAAAAGAACACACAUCCCUGCCCCUCCUGCAUCCUCUCCCAUUCCACAUCCCCACCCCCAGAAGACUGCAGGAAUAGGACCGUUUGGUGCUGUUCUUCUUCUCUCGUCCAUCUGCAGAUGGAGUGAUGAGCACGGAACACGUUUGAGAAAGAGAAGAAAAAAGAGGGGAAUCUGUAAGAAACGAUGGAGAAAGUGUCUACCGGAAUAUUGUGACUAAAAAAAAAUGAAACUGUUCAUGAUUAUGGAAUAUAACAAG